ACUUUUCUCGCGUUUUUAUCCGCUCUUCUCUUUCCUUAUUUAUUUGUCGCAACCGGGAUGCUUUGUUGGCUUCAAAUACAAAAAAUUUCCUGGCUUCCGUGGAGGCGAACAAAGGACGCAAACACAGAACCCCCCGCAGCAAUGGCCCCGGUGCCCUGAACAGCUCUCGACAGACGCCCGCGAGACGAAUGAGCUCCGUCGUCCGAGUAUGAACUGGAAUUUACUUCUUGUGGGUUUCUCAGCUCCUCUUGAAGAGAGCGACAGGAACCCAGAGAGACCAAGAAUCGAUAAAUCUUCUCUCCCGCGCCGUCUCCGCUCCUCUCCUCAACUGUUUCUGGGGGUUCGACCUGCAGGAUCCCCGAAAUGUGUGUAUCCCGUGCAGACUGGCAGACUGGAGACACUCGAGGAAAGAACUACCGAAGUGAAUGAUGCCUGUACAGUUAGUCGAUCGUUGUUGGCUGUCAAGUAUACACCUCGCCGGAGAGAGUUAGAAGGCGACAACCAGUAUGAAUGUAUGCGUACCCCUUGUGUACGGAUGUUCGUCAAGGCUACGUUAGAUACCGAGGCAGUGUAUGUCCUUUUUCUUUUAUCUCGCCAUGUUUCGAGUUUCUUUUCUCGUUGCUGCAUCGAUCCGUAUUUCUUGAAGGGCCUUCUUUUUUCUCAGGCUUCGAUCUGCGUGCGUUCGACGCCUGAGCAAACCCAUCGACGCUAAGACCAAUGGGGGUGUUUCACUCUCCCCUCUCGUCUGCUUCCUGCUUCCUCUUUUUUCUCUUUGUUUGUGUCUUCUCUCGGUGUCCUGUACAUGGCGCGAGGUUGAACCUGCCUCUCUUUUCUUCUUCCACCUCCUCACAAGACCCUUCUCCUCCUGAUCUCCAUUCUUUUUCUGUCAGCUCUACUCUCCCUCGCUCGGCGUCCUCACAGCUCUCUUCUCUUCUUCGCCUUCCGUUCGCCCGCACAGCUCAAACCACCCGUCUUCUUCAUCGGCAACUCCUCUCUUCUGUCUCCUCACACAUCCCUUGCUUUAUCUCUGCUCUUCCUUCUCCUUCUUCGUUUUCUUCUCCUUCUCCUCCUUCUCCUCCUUCUCUUCCUUCUCCUUCUUCGUUUUCUAACAGCGGCUUAUGUUCGUGUCGACGACCGCAUGCUUGUUCACAUAGCAUCUCGGAUGGAAAUGGGUACCGGGAUGGUACCUGUUGCUUUGCUGGAAGCGGCCUCUCUUCCUCUCUGCUUCCUCGAUUCAUAGAUCCUUCUCCGCAUGAACGAGCUCCAGCAAAGAAGCGCCUUCCACCCAUCUCUGUCCUUCUUCACGUUCCUCCUUCCAGUCUUACGGCGACGGCCUCUCUGCCCUCUUCUCCGCCCUCUCGGCUUCCUCCCUUCGUCCGACUGGCUCCUCUCCUGCAGUCCUCGUGGUGUCUCUCUCCUUCGCGUGCGUCUGUCUCUUCUCUCGCUGCUUCUGAAGGCACUCUUCCUCGAACUCUCGCGAAAGAAGAAGGUGAAUGCAAAGAGCGCCCCGCCCCCACCGGUUCAGAUGCGAAAGACGUUGCCCUUCUCGAUACUCAGUUUGUCGAGGAACUGGAGAAGAGCUUUCUCUGCUACGCGUACAGCACCAUUCUCUCUCGCGCUCUCCCCGAUGUUCGCGACGGCUUGAAACCUGUUCAUAGGCGGCUUAUCUACGCAAUGCAGCAAUUGCAUCUGCACCCUUCUGGAAGCUUCCGAAAGUGUGCGCGCGUCGUCGGCGAGGUUCUUGGCAAAUUUCACCCUCACGGAGACCAGGCAGUCUACGACGCUCUUGUCAGACUUGCACAGACGUUCGUGGCUAGACAUCCGCUAAUCGAAGGCCAUGGGAACUUCGGCUCAGUCGACGGAGAUCCCCCGGCUGCGAUGCGCUACACCGAGUGCCGCCUCACGCGAUUCUGCGAAGAUGCACUUUUGAAGAAUCUGGACGACAAAGUCGUCCCGUUCAGACCGAAUUUUGACGCAAACGAGAGGGAACCUGUCGUCUUUCCCGCGUCGGUCCCUCUAGUCCUCAUUCAAGGCAGUUCGGGCAUCGCCGUCGGCAUGAGCACGCAGAUUCCGCCUCACAAUCUACACGAGAUCCUGGACGCCACGAUUGCCCUGAUCAGAGAUCCGGAGCUGCCAGACGCAGAGCUUCUGAGACUUGUACCAGGUCCUGAUUUCCCCACUGGAGGUCUCCUCGUAAAUUCAGAGGAGAUCCCCGGCGCCUACAAAGAAGGUCGAGGUCGCGUCCUCCUUCGCGGCAGAUUUCACCUGGAGGGAGAAGACGAUGACGGAGACACGGUCCCCGGACGUGAUCGCAACGCCGAGGACGAGGCCGAACGCGAUGAAGCAGAUCGAAACAUACGAAACGGGAGAAAAAAUGAAAGAAGACUCGUCAUCACAGAGCUCCCAUACGGCGUCAACAAGAGCACCGUCAUGCAGGUCAUUGCACAGAUGAUUUCUGUGAAAUUCCUUGAAGGCGUCACGAGCGUCCGUGACGAGAGCGACUGGAGAGGAAUUCGGGUUGUCCUCGUGCUGCGUCGAGACGCAGAUGCACACACGAUCUUGACGCUGCUGCUGAAGCAUACGAAUCUCCAGGUGUACAUACCGAUGCACCUCAUUGCCCUCGAGAAAGGCACGAAGCCUGUUCGUUUUUCUCUCAAAUCGAUGCUGCUGUCCUGGAUUGCCUUUCGUUUCCACACACUGCGCCGGCUGCUGGCCGCGGAAGAAGCGGAGAGGAAGGCCCGCAGUCAUUUGCUCGAGGGACUGCUGAGGGCGGUGAGCCUCAUGGACGAUGUGGUGCAGACAGUCCGAGAGAGCUUGAGUGCAGACGAAGCGAAGCAGAAACUCACGGAGCCGCCGUUGGGCUUCUCCCCUGCGCAGGCGCAGGCGCUGCUGCGCCUGACGCUGUCUCGGCUGACGCGCCUGGAGAGGCGGCAACUGGAGGAAGAGGCGAAGGCGCAGAAGAAUCGACUCUCCGAGUUGGCGUCUCUACUGGCGCACGACAGAGAAAUCUACGAGUUGAUGGUGGAGGAACUGCAGGCGCACAAGACGCGGCACAAAGCUCCGAGAAAAACCAAGGUCCUAGGCCUGCGCAGAGCCCAACAGAGAGCGCGGAGAGAAGAGGACGCGCGCGCGACGACGGCUCGGAACUCUCAGGAGGCCUUCGCAGAAACAGAUCGCCAUGACAGCCGUCGACCGGACGGCAGAGAAAAGGAGGAAAACCCCGUGAAAGAUGACACAGAAGAAAACGUGAGAAAAAGAGACCUGGAGAGAGGGAAGGCGAGAACGGACGCAAGAGACGAAGAGGGGAGCGAGGGGCAGGCGUUGGAGGAGACAGAGGGACUUGGGGGCUUUGAAGAGAAGGGAAGGGACGACCGGACGUCGACGCAGAGAAAGAAAUUCGCGGGUCAAGAUACGUGGAGGAAAGACGGAAUUGUGGACCGACAGAAGCGACUCAAAGAAGAAGGCGAGACAGAGACACUAGUGUCUCGCGAUGUGAACGAGUCCUCCACUGAGGCGGAGACAGACGCGUCGGAAGAGGAUCGAGAAGGGGACUCGAGUGAAGAAGAUCAAGACGACGCGCGUGUGCCUUUCGGGGAGAUAAAAAAUAUGAACAAAGAAGAUUUCAUUUCCAACCAACGGAAUGUCGUUCUCCUGUCUGCGCCUGCUUUGGUUCGACGUCUGCCCCUGUCUGUGUAUCCGACCCUGAGGCGAGGCGCGUUGGGCGUUCGGAGUCUCUCGCGUUCACUCGCUUCUGCGGAGAGUCCAGACUUGGAGCGCGACGAAGCGGAUGAAGCACAGACGCGAGGAGUGAAAGGGAAGUCGGCUGCUGUCGGCGCGUCCUCGCUUCAAGGCGUCUGGAGCUGCUGGACGAAAGACCGUCUUCUGUUCCUUUCUGCGAACGGGUACGUGUCGAUGUUGCCUGCGUAUCGAGUUCCUCUGGGGUCGCGCAUCUCGCGAGGGACGAGUUUGCCUCAGCUUCUCUUUGAAGGUUGGAAGAAGCCAGCGGCCCUGCGGAGGCUGGGCGAGAGUGCCGCGGCAGCUGGCGCCCUCGCAGAGGACGCCGCAAACCGAGAGAAGAAGCGAGAAGAAAAGGAGAGAACUCUGUUGCGAGAGGCCGCCCAAGUCGCCGCGGUCCUUGCCGUCCCUCCGCCAACGCAGAGGGAGAAAGCGAGGGGUGUCCGGCAGGCCUCAGAGAGUUCGCGAAAGAGCAGAAAAGCAAAGUUCUUGGUCGUGGUCACGGAUCAGGGACGCAUCGCCAAAAUCAAGUUGAAGCGGAUUCUCGGGAGACGCUGCGAGACAAAAGUCAAGAAACUCCUUUCGCUGGUGCAGGGCGACAGCAUCCGAGCUGCCGCGCUGCUCGAAGAAGAAGUCGAGCCGCUCGCGCGCGGACGCGUCUCGGGAGCCGGCAAGGAAAUAAAUCAUCUGAGGGGAAAUGGAAGCGAAUGCAACGCGACAGACGAAGAACGUGGAGCUAGAAAAAAGGAUAGGGAGGAGGAGGACGAAGAGACAACAGAGAAAGAAGAAGAAGAAGAAGAUGAAGAAGAGGAAGAAGAAGAAGAGGAAGAGGAAGAAGAAGAGGAAGAAGAAGAGGCAGGAAGUCGUCUGGUAGAGGACGAAGAUGAUGUGGGAGGCGAAGGAGCGGAAGGAGAGAGAACGGACUUGAAAAGCGAAGAGAAGAGAGACACGAACUCGCCAUCCAUCGUCAUUGUCACAAGGCAAGGCAUGGGUCUCCGUUUCCCCGCUUCUUCCCUUCGUGCGUCUGGCUCCAGCAAGACGCGAGGCGUCCGUGCAAUUCGUCUGCGUGCCGGGGACUCUGUGGCCUCAGUGGCGGUUGUGCCGCCGGAGGUGAAAGAAGACAAAGCAAAAACGGAGAGCAGAAAGGAAGGAGACAGCGAUGAGACGCAGAGCAAAAACGAGUCGUCUAACGAAAAAGCAGAACCUUCUCUUCUGAUUGUCACUGCUGCGGGCUUUGGAAAAAGAAUCCGAGUAUCGGCACUUCGGAUGCAAAGGCGAAGGGGCGUCGGCGUCAGAGUCAUCCGUCUGGUAAAAAGGAAAAAGGUAGCGCGUGAGGGUGACGACCGUGGCCUUUCUGACGAGACGGUUGGACAGGAAUCGCAGGGUUUCCCUGACGAAGAACCGGACAGCGAGGAGAGAGCUGACCCUCGGAGUGUCUCACAAGAAAAAGACCCACAGUCGCCGGAGACGGAAGGAGACAACUACGUUGUCGCUGUGCUGGCGUUGCCUGCUUCUGACCUUCCAAACCGCCCGAAAAAAUCAAAGGGGAGCGACAAUGCAGAGCUACUCUCAGUCACACAAAACGGCUUUCUUCUGCGGCAGUCGUGCAGAAGCAUUCCGAUGCCUAGAGGGAGACUUGCACGGGGAGUCUCUUUGCAGAGACUCCCUGCUACGGGAAAAAGCAGAAGCUCGACAGAUUUGAUUGUCGCCGCCGAUAUUGUCCACGGGCCUUCGGAACAGCAGAGAAGGAGGAAGAGACGAACACCAGAAGACUAAACAAAAACGACAGAAACAUACAGUUCUGCGGUAUAACGCGAGCGACGUAGUGUCCGUGUUACUGCCCUCUGAUUCGGUGAGACGCUGUAGCGAACACACGCAGAAAAGCGAAAAGAUCCCUGGUGACCGAACCAGACGAAGACGGUGACACCGACCAGCAACGCUGAGCCUAGAGUCGCAGUGCAGCUCUAGAAUACGAGAAAAUUUGAUAUGGCAAACGUUACAAGUGAAACAGAUGGUUCCGUGGCUGCUUCGGACAUGUACUUGAAGCACCCGUGGUGGUUAUCGAGCCUACCAACAGUUUAUUUCGCUUUUCGAGGCCUGAGUCGUGUUACGAUGUCACGUGGCUUGCCGGCCGUUUAUGUGUCUUUGUCCAAAUUCUUCAAAUAACGCAGCAAAAGAGGCCAGGAGAAUUUUGUUCCUGUUGUUCUUGUCUGGUUUUCGUAAACCCUGGUACCCGGUCUCGAGACGAAUUGCAGACAGAAACGCCUUUACCGGUAGUGUCUGCCCAAUCUGUUGUGAUUAUUCGAGUCUUUGACAGUAAUUUGCUGGCCAAACUCGACCAAGGCUUGUAGCCGGUUUGGCAACGCGUCCUGGUGGAGAAACGAGCUUUCUAACACCUCCACAUCGGUCGCUGAUUCUGGGUCUUGGAUGCUUUGCUUUACAGUCCAAAUUCACAAUCAGCCACAUCAUUUAUUUGCUUUUCAACGAAAGCAGCAUAGAAUGACAGUGCCUUCAUGUCGCCCGCUGUUCGUCAAGCAUCGAUGCUCAAUUGACCAGUACUGUUUACCGAAGCCUUGAUGCGGAUGUGUCACAAGCG